UGUCAAAGCAUUUAUCAAGCGACUUCCUUGCUCAUGGGACGGACGGAUGGAUCAAAGAUGGCUCACAGAUUUGCACAUAACAUCAAUCACGUCCCAUUCAUUUAAAUAAUACUGAGGGUGAAUUAAAGGACUUACCCGGUGCCAUAAGUGAGGCGUCGGGACAAAAAGCCGCCCGAGGCUUUUCGCACACUUCCGUGUGUUUUCGCAUUUGUCCCACUUCUCUCUCGGGUUAGCUCGCUAACGUUACUACUAGCCAGCUAACGUUAGCUGUUUGUAAAUAUUAUUCUUGAUAAAAUGGCCACCAUGGAGAAAUUGAUGAGGGCCUUCGAGUCCCUGAAGUCAUUUCAGCAGCAACAACAGGGACAGCCGUCGGCCGAUGAGCUUGUGCAGAAACCGAAGAAGGAGCUCGCCACCACCAAGAAGGACCGCGUGACGCACUGCCUGACCAUCUGCGAGAACAUCGUGGCACAGUCUCUGAGGACCUCUCCGGAGUUUCAGAAACUGCUGGGAAUCGCCAUGGAGAUGUUCCUGCUGUGCGGCGACGACGCGGAGUCCGACGUCAGGAUGGUGGCCGACGAGUGCCUCAACAGGGUCAUCAAAGCCCUGAUGGACUCCAACCUGCCGCGGCUGCAGCUGGAGCUGUACAAAGAGAUCAAAAAGAACGGCGCGGCGCGGAGCCUUCGCGCGGCCCUGUGGCGGUUCGCCGAGCUCUGCCACCUGGUGCGGCCUCAGAAGUGCAGGCCCUACCUGGUGAACCUGCUCCCCUGUCUGACCCGGAUCAGUAAGAGGCCUGAGGAGGCGGUGCAGGAGACCCUCGCCGCCGCCCUCCCCAAAAUCAUGGCCCCCCUCGGGCGCUUCGCCAACGACGGCGAGAUCAAGACGCUGCUGAAGGCCUUCGUGGGGAACCUGAAGUCCGGCUCGUCCACCAUUCGCCGCACGGCGGCCAGCGCGGCGGUCAGCGUGUGCCAGAAUGCCCGCCGGACGCAGUACUUCUACACCUGGCUGCUCAGCGUGCUGCUGGGGCUGCUGGUGCCGGUGGAUGAGGGGCGCUCCAGCCCGCUGGUUUUGGGGGUGCUGCUGACGCUGCGGUACCUGAUGCCCCUCCUGCAGCAGCAGGGCGGGGACGGCGGCCUGAAGGGCAGUUUCGGGGAGACCCGCGAGGAGGCCGACAUCGCCCCCACACGCCAGCAGCUCAUGCAGGUGUACGCUCUCACGCUGCACUACAUGCAGCACCGCGAUCACAACGUGGUGACGGCGGCUCUGGAGCUGCUGCAGCAGGUGUUCCGCACGCCCCCCCCCGCCCUCCUGCGCGCCCUCACCACGCCCGGCGGCGUGCCCAACGCCAGCGUGACCCGCCAGGACGGCAGGGGCGGCGUCGCCGAGCUCAUCGCCGGGGGCUCCUCCUGCAGUCCGCUGCUCCUCAGGAAACAGAAAGGGGAGGAGGAGGGGCUAGAAGAUGACAUGGAGAGGUCAGAGGUCACCACCGGGGCCUUCACAGCAGCCUCUGGGGCCGCGCCGUCGGUGGACAUCAUCACAGAGCAGCCACGCCCCUCACCGUGCGGCCUGCAGCCGGAGGAGCCUGCCGAGCAGAGCGGGGGCGGCGGGGGUGCGGGUGAGGAAGAGGAGCAGGGGGAGGAAGAGGAGGAGAAGGAGGAGGAGGAGGAGGAAGAGGAAGAGGAGAACACGCUGAGCCGUGGUUCCAGCCAGGCCGCCGGCGGUAACCAUGGCGACCCGUCCCCACCCAGCGACGGCUCCCACACCACCACCGAGGGCCACGACCUGGCCGCCACGCCUACUGACUGCGGCGAGCUGGUGCUGGACGGCCCAGAGAGCCAGUACUCGGGGAUGCAGAUUGGGACGCUGCAGGAUGAGGAAGAGGAGGAGGAGGGCGGGGCCGGCGCUGGGUCCGAGGAGCCCCCGCGGCCGUUCUCCCAGUCUGCUCUCGCCCUGAGCAAGCCUCACCUGGUGGAGGUAAAAGGUCACAGCCGACAAUCGUCCGACAGCAGCGUGGACCGGCUGGUGCUGAAGGAGGAAGUGCCGGAGUCCGCAGAGCCGGAGAAUAAGCCCUCCAGGGUUAGAGGGGAGAUCGGCCACCCCACGGACCCCCUGGCGGAGCCCCUGGUGCACUGCGUACGGCUGCUCUCCGCCUCCUUCCUCCUCACCGGACAGCGGAACGGCCUGGUCCCGGACGGGGAGGUGCGCGUGAGCGUGAAGACCCUGGCGGUGAGCUGUGUGGGGGCCGCACUCGCCCUGCACCCCGAGGUCUUCUUCUCCAAACUCUACAGGGAGCCUCUGCAGGGCCUACUGCCCGAUGAGCAGCAGUACAUAAGUGACAUUUUGGGGUUCGUUGAGCACGGGGACCCUCAGAUCCGAGGGGCCACCGCGGUCCUGUGUGGAACUCUGAUCCACUCCAUCCUCAAAAAAACACGCUUCUGCGUCGAACCCUGGCUCGGGAGCGUCAGAAGCUCCACGGGAAACCCCGUCUCCCUGGCGACCUGCGUGCUCCUGCUGCAGAGGACCCUGAGAGACGAAUCCUCCGUCACCUGCAGGAUGGCCUGUCUGGGCGUGAGGCGCUGUAUCAUGGCGCUGUGUAACAGCUCUUACGGUGAGCUGGGCCUGCAGCUGCUCAUCGACCUCCUGACCCUCAGGGACUGCUCCUAUUGGCUGGUCCGGACCGAGCUGCUGGAGACGCUGGCUGAGAUGGAUUUUCGAUUAGUGAGUUUCCUGGAGAGGAAAACGGAAAGCUUGCACAGAGGAGAUCACCACUAUACCAGACUGCUGAAGCUGCAGGAUCGGGUCCUGAACGACGUGGUCAUCCACUUCCUGGGAGACGAGGACCCGCGCGUGCGGCACGCGGCGGCCGCCACCGUCAGCAGGCUGAUCCCGCGGCUGUUCUUCGACUGCGACCCGGCGCAGGCCGACCCGGUGGUGGCCAUCGCGCGGGACCACAGCGCCGCGCACCUGAAGCUGCUCAUGCACGAAACGCAGCCCCCGUCCCACUGCAGCGUCAGCACCAUCAGCAGGACGUACCGAGGCUACAGCGUCUCUCAGAACGCCGCGGACGUCACCGUGGAGAACAGCCUGUCCCGCGUGAUCACCGCUGUGUCCCACGCGCUGGCCGCCUCCACCUCCCGAGCCCUCACCUUUGGCUGCUGUGAAGCUCUCUGCCUCCUGUCCUCCGCCUACCCAGCAUGCACCUGGAGCGUUGGCUGGCACUGUGGCUACGUCAGCUCCUCUGGCAGCCAGCCCAAUCGCUCCAGCCUCUACAAGAACAGGAGCCGUUCCCACAGCGUGCCCGAGUCAGACUCAGUGGAAGACGCGAAGCGGAGCUGUACGGUGGGCGUGGCCAACAUGGUGCUGUCGCUGCUGUCUUCCGCUUGGUUCCCUCUCGAUCUGUCAGCGCACCAGGACGCCUUGCUAUUGGCUGGCAACCUCCUCGCAGCUGUGGCCCCCAGGUGUCUGAGCGGCCCCUGGACGGGGGAGGAGGAGCCCGGCGGCGGCGGUAAGCCGGAGGAGGCGUGGCCUGCGCUCGGCGACCGUGCGGUGGCUGCCAUGGCGGAGCAGCUGUUCUCCCACCUGCUGAAGGCCGUCAACGUCUGCGCCCACGUGCUGGACGAGGCCGCGCCCGGCCCCGCCGCCAAGGCCACUCUCCCCUCGCUGUCCAACACCCCCUCCCUGAGCCCCAUCCGCAGGAAGAGCAAGGAGAAGGAGCCGCCCGAACCCGCUGGCGCCCCCAUGAGCCCGAAGAGGAGCGGCGAGAGUAACCCAGGCCGAGCUGCAGACACUGCGGGAAACGCCACUCUGAAGUCUACCACGCUGGGAAGCUUCUACCACCUGCCUCCCUACCUGAAGCUGUACGAGGUCCUGAAGGCCACGCACGCCAACUACAAGGUGACGCUGGACCUCCACAGCGGGGGCGAUAAGCUGGGCAGCUUCCUGCGCUCGGCGCUGGACGUCCUGUCCCAGCUGCUGGAGCUGACCACGCUGCAGGACAUCGGAAAGUGCGUGGAGGAGAUCCUGGGGUACCUGAAGUCCUGCUUCUCCAAAGAGCCCACCAUGGCGACCGUCUGCGUGCAGCAGCUGCUGAAGACCCUGUUCGGGACCAACCUGGCGUCCCAGUACGACGGGUCCUGGUCCCACCCCAGUAAGGCCCAGGGGAAGGCCCUGCGGCUGGGCUCGUCCAGCCUGAGGCCCGGGCUCUACCACUACUGCUUCAUGGCCCCCUACACACACUUCACCCAGGCGCUAGCCGACGCUAGCCUGCGCAACAUGGUACAGGCCGAGCACGAGCAGGACGCCUCCGGGUGGUUUGAUGUGAUGCAGAAGGUCUCCAGCCAGCUGAAGUCCAGCAUCACUAACGUUACCCGGCAACGGGGGGACAAGAACGCCAUCCACAAUCACAUCCGGUUGUUUGAGCCUCUGGUGAUCAAGGCCCUGAAGCGCUACACCACCAGCACCUCGGUCCAGCUCCAGCGCCAGGUCCUGGACCUGCUGGCCCAGCUGGUGCAGCUGCGGGUCAACUACUGCCUGCUGGACUCGGACCAGGUCUUCAUUGGCUUCGUGCUGAAGCAGUUUGAGUACAUCGAGGUCGGCCAGUUCAGGCAAUCGAAGGCCAUCAUCCCCAGCAUCUUCUUCUUCCUGGUGCUGCUGUCGUACGAGCGCUACCACUCCAAGCAGAUCAUCAGCAUCCCCAAGAUCAUGCAGCUGUGCGACGGCAUCAUGGCCAGCGGCCGGAAGGCUGUCACUCAUGCGAUCCCGGCCCUGCAGCCAAUCGUGCACGACCUGUUCGUGCUGCGGGGCUCCAACAAGGCGGACGCCGGCCGCGAGCUGGAGACCCAGAAGGAGGUGGUGGUGUCCAUGCUGCUGCGGCUCAUCCAACAUCACCAGGUGCUGCAGAUGUUCAUCCUGGUGCUGCAGCAGUGUCACAAGGAGAACGAGGACAAGUGGAAGAGGCUGUCCCGCCAGAUCGCUGACAUCAUCCUGCCCAUGAUCGCCAAGCAACAGAUGCUCCUGGACUCCCAUGAGGCCCUGGGGGUGCUGAACACCCUGUUUGAGACGGUGGCCCCCUCCUCCCUGCGCCCCGUGGACAUGCUGCUGAAAAGCAUGUUCGUCACGCCCAUCACCAUGGCGUCGGUGGGGAUGGUGCAGCUGUGGGCCUCUGGGAUUUUGGCCGUGCUCAGAGUGCUCAUCUCCCAGUCCACGGAGGACAUUGUCCUGUCCCGCGUGCAGGAGCUCUCCCUGUCCCCGCUCCUCCUCUCCUGUCAGACCGUCCAGAGGCUCCGGGGGGGCGGGCCUCACACUCCCCCUGCUGAGGAGGAGGAGAAGGAGGAGGAAGGGGAGGGGGAACCGCCCCGUCACCUGCCCGAGGAAGCCUUCUCCAGGUUCCUGCUCCAGCUGGUGGGGGUUCUGCUGGAGGACAUCGCCACCAAGAGGGUGAAGCUGGACCUGAGCGCAGAGCAGCACACCUUCUACUGCCAGCAGCUCGGAACCCUUCUCAUGUGCCUCAUCCAUGUCUUUAAAUCAGGCAUGUUCCGGCGGAUCACGGCGGCCGCCACCAGGCUGCUGAAGGCGGAGGGUGGCGAGGCUGGCGGGGGGGGCGGGGGCACCUUCUACACCCUGGAGGGGCUGAACUGCAUGGUGCAGUCCCUCAUCACCACCCACCCCUCCCUGGUGCUGCUCUGGUGCCAGCUCCUCCUGGUCAUCGACUACACCAACUACACCUGGUGGUCCGAGGUGCACCAGACGCCCAGGAGGCACAGCCUGUCCCGUACCAAGCUGCUGAGCCCCCACCCCUCCACAGACGGCGAGGAGGAGCGGCCGGAGGCCAGGCUGGCCGUGUGCAACCAGGAGAUCGUCCACCGGGGGGCGCUCAUCCUCUUCUGCGACUACGUGUGCCAGAACCUGCACGAUUCCGAGCACCUCACCUGGCUCAUCGUCAACCACGUGCGCGACCUGAUCAACCUGUCCCAUGAGCCUCCAGUGCAGGACUUCAUCAGCGCCAUCCACCGGAACUCUGCCGCCAGCGGCCUGUUCAUCCAGGCCAUCCAAUCAUGCAGCCUGCCCUGUGCACAGCCCACCAUGCUGAAGAACACGCUGCAGUGUCUGGAGGGGAUCCACCUCAGCCAGUCGGGGGCGCUGUUGAUGCUGUACAUGGACAAGCUGAUCAGCACGCCGUUCCGCGUGCUGGCGCGCAUGGUGGACACGCUGGCCUGCAGGAGGGUGGAGAUGCUGCUGGCCGAGACGCUGCAGAACAGCACAGCUCAGCUGCCAGUGGAGGAACUGGACCGGAUUCAGGAGCACCUCCAGAACACUGGCCUGGCUCAGAGGCACCAGAGGCUGUACUCCCUGCUGGACAGGUUCAGGGCUUCCGUUGCCGAGGAUACGUGUAGCCCCUCCCCUCCCAUCACCCCACACCCCCUGGAUGGGGAUCCUCCUCCCGCCCCAGAGACCGUCGUGGCCAAUAAGGACUGGUUUGUGCUGCUGGUGAAGUCUCAGUGUUUCCUGCGCACCGACGCCGCCCUGCUGGAGACCACAGACCUGCUGACCAAACUGCCCCAGAGUGACCUCGCCUCCAUCAUGGCUUCAGCGGAGUUUAACCUGAGCCUGCUGUCCCCGUGCCUGACUGUGGGGGCUCAGCGUCUGUCCCGUGGACAGGGGGGCGUGUUUCUGGAGACGUCCCUGCAGGCCAUGCUGGACCGCCUCUCCGGCCUCCUGCAGCUCCUGCCCGUCCCGCACCAGCCCUUCCUGCCCCCCUCCGACCCCGGCCCCACCCCCUCCGCCUACUGGGACAAGCUCGCCGACGUCUACGGAGAGCCAGGUUUGUACCAGACGGUGGUGAGUCUGUGCAGAGCCCUGGGGCAGUACCUGCUGGCCCUCCCCACGCUGCCCCUAUCCAUGCAGAUUCCUCGAGAGAAGGAGGCCCUGAUCACCAGGUUCACCACGCUGGCCCUGGAGGCGGUGACGUGGUGUGUCCUGCAGGACCAGGCGCUGCUCAGUCUGGACCUGCAGGCGGUUCUGUGCUGCUGCUGCCUGGCGCUGCAGCAGACUCCCCUCUGGAACCUUCUGUCCUCCGUGCCGUACGCGAGCCGCACCUGCUCGCUCGUCCAGUGCGUGCGGCUGCUCGUCUGCGCAGUGGCUGUGGAGCCCGGAGACCAGCUCCUGAGGCCCUCCCGGAGGAGGUCGGCCCGGGACGGAGGCGCAGAGGAGGACCAGGUGGACACGCCUUCAAAAGACAAUCUGUGUGUGAAGAGGGCUUGUGAGGUCAUGUCUGAGCUGGUGGAGAGUCUUCAGAGCGUCCUGGCGGUGGGGCACCCCAGGAACAGCAGGGUCCCCCACUUCCUCACCCCCACCCUGCGCAACAUCAUCAUCAGCCUGGCCAGGCUGCCCCUGGUCAACAGCUACGCAAGAGUGCCCCCGCUGGUCUGGAAGUUGGGCUGGUCCCCCAGGCUAAGUGGAGAGCUGGGCACGGUGUUGCCGGAGAUCCCUGUGGAGUUCCUGCAGGAGAAGGAAGUCUUCAGGGAGUUCCUGUACCGCAUCAACAUCCUGGGGUGGAGCAGCCGGACGCAGUUCGAGGAAACCUGGGCAACGCUGCUGGGAGUGCUGGUCACUCAGCCAAUCAACACGGACCAGGAAGAGGAGAGCCACCCGGAGGAGGACCUGGAGCGGACGCAGAUCAACGUCCUGGCGGUGCAGGCCAUCACGUCGCUGGUGCUGAGCGCCAUGACGCUCCCCGUGGCGGGAAACCCGGCGGUCAGCUGCCCGGAGCAGCAGCCGCGCAACAAGGCCCUCAAAGCGCUGGACACGCGGUUCGGGAGGAAGCUGCACGUGAUUCGUGGCAUCGUGGAGCAAGAGAUCCAGGCCAUGGUGUCAAAGAGGGACACACGCAGCCACCUCAGCCUGGGACCCGUGCCCUCCCUCUCGCUUCUGCAGGGGGCGUGUCUUUCAGGAGUGCUCAUCAGCCACGAGAAGCUGCUCCUCCAGAUCAACACGGAGAGGGAGAUGGGCAACAUGGACUACAAACUGGGACAGGUCUCCAUCCACUCGGUGUGGCUGGCCAAUAGCAUCAUUCCCCAGAGGGAAGAGGCCUGGGACGAGGAAGAGGAGGAUGAGACUGACAACCCCGGAAUGGGGUCACCCCCCACCUCCCCCUCCAACUCCAGAAAGCACCGUGCGGGGGUGGAUGUGCACUCCUGCUCCCAGUUCCUGCUGGAGCUGUACAGCCAGUGGAUCCUGCCUGGCAGCCCCAACAGCCGCAAGAGUCCGGUGGUCCUGAUCAGCGAGGUGGUGCGCUCGCUGCUGGCCGUGUCGGACCUGUUCACGGAGCGGAGCCAGUUUGAGAUGAUGUUCCACACGCUGUCCGAGCUGCAGAAGGUCCACCCGGCCGAGGACGAGAUCCUCCACCAGUACCUGGUCCCUGCGGUCUGCAAGGCUGCCGCCGUCCUGGGAAUGGACAGGGUGGUGCACACUCACUCACUCACACACACACACACACUCACACGCACACACCUGCUGACCAACCUGCGCACCGUCGCACACUGCGUCAGUCUGCACAACCAGCACCACAUCCUGGUCAUGUGUGCGGCGGCCUUCUACCUGAUGGAGAACUACUCGCUGGACGUGGGGUCAGAGUUCACUGCCAGCAUCAUCCAGGUGUGCGCAGUGAUGGUAUUGGCCAGUGAAGAGGCCACGCCCUCGGGGGUGUACCACUGUGUGCUGCGGGGCCUGGAGCGCCUCCUGCUGUCCGAGCAGCUGUGCCGUCUGGACGGGGAGGCGCUGGUCAAGCUGAGCGUGGACCGGGUCAACAUGCCCAGCCCCCACCGAGCCAUGGCCGCCCUGGGGCUGAUGCUGACCUGCAUGUACACAGGUAAGGAGAAAUGCAGCCCCAGCCGGACGGCCGACGCAGACACUGCGGCCCCCGACACAGAGUCCGUCAUCGUGGCCAUGGAGAGAGUCUCUGUGCUGUUCGACAGGAUACGGAAGGGCUUCCCCUUCGAGGCGCGGGUGGUCUCCAGGAUCCUGCCCCAGUUCCUGGACGACUUCUUCCCUCCACAGGAUGUGAUGAACAAGGUCAUCGGGGAGUUCCUGUCCAACCAGCAGCCUUAUCCCCAGUUCAUGGCCACCGUGGUCUACAAGGUGUUCCAGACGCUGCACGCUACGGGACAGUCCUCCAUGGUGCGGGACUGGGUCCUGCUCUCCCUCUCCAACUUCACCCAGAGGACCCCCGUCGCCAUGGCGAUGUGGAGCCUGUCCUGCUUCUUCGUCAGCGCCUCCACCAGCCAAUGGAUCUCUGCACUCCUGCCCCAUGUGAUCAGCCGAAUGGGCAAGUCGGACGUGGUGGACGUCAACCUCUUCUGCCUGGUGGGCUUGGACUUCUACCGGCACCAGAUCGACGAGGAGCUGGACCGCCGGUCCUUCCAGUCGGUGUUCGAGGUGGUGGCCUCGCCGGGGGGGCCAUACCACCGGCUGCUCUGCUGCCUGCAGGGCGUUCCCCGGGUCACCUCGUUCUGACCGAGUGCCCUGUGGACAGACAGACGGACAGAGGGAGAGACAGAGAGAGAGGGAGGGCGUGAAAGCCAGAGAAACGCAGGCUGACUGACUGACUGACUGACUGACUGACGGACGGACGGACAGACUGACGGACUGACUGACGGACGGACGGACGGACUGACUGACGGACGGACAGACUGACGGAGAGAUUCAGCCACACGGACCGAGCGACUCUCUGCUCCCUCCGGGCUCUUCCUGCUCGCUGAACCACAGACGGAAGAUAAAACUGGAGCGCGAGAGCGUGCUCACGCAUUUCCCCCCGAGGGAACACUGAAGCCAUGUCACAGAGACAGAGGAUGUUCUAUAUUUAAAGAAUUAAGGAAAAUAAUUCUAUUUUUUUGGUGCUUUUUUUUUGUUACAGAAGACUGAAAAGAUUGUAAAAUGAUAAAGGGCUGUCCACAGGAAGGACUAAAACCCUGUUUGAUAGAGUCAAUUUGAGAUUUUUAAUUCCAUUUUACCCUUCAAUGUUGAGAGUAUGAGAACAAGGAAAGCAGAGGUUAAAUAUUCCUCUCCAAAUAAAAUGCUUACAGUAUGUGGCCAUAUUGAUGGCUGAGAACGCCACAGGCAAGAGGAACAGUCACAGUUGGCAUGUUUCAGUUUCUACAUUCCCUACACGUUAUUUGGCAUUAUGUAUAUUUGUAUCUGAACAAAAACAAGCAAGUUUGUUAUUUUUAAUUUCUCUGUAUGAUCAUGCUCGGGAUGUGUGAUGCGAUGGUACUGCCUGGAUGCAUCUCUGAAUGAUUUAUCUUUACGAUUACGAUUUAGUGCAAAAUGCACUGGUGUGAAACACACUGCGCAUGCUGUUCUGGGUCUAAGAGCAGAAAAUCAGUACUGGAAUGAGUAAAAACAGAGUUUCUGAAUGUUUCCCCCUUUUCCAAACUGCACAUGAUCAUGAGUGCCGGAGUUUGCACCUUCUCUGUGUCGUCUGAAAUGUCCUCAUUAGAACCCUAACUGUCCACGAUAAUCAGUAAUUAAACUACUGAACUGGUACAGCAUCGCUUGUGCUUAAACCGCGGCUACACAGGUGAGCGUAUGUCCCCAUUUAAAAUGGAUGUUUUAAUGGGUGGUGCUUAGCUGUAAAUACACGUCUUACACGGAGACUGAAUGUUUUCAUAUAAUGCACCUGAAGCAUGCUACACCUUGCUUUUAAAUGAAAUUUUAAAUGUAUGAUUUUUCUUUUGUUUUUAUGUUGCGUUGGGCAGACUUAUCCGAGACUGCUGAUGCGGGGGGGCGCGGGACGUGGUUGCCAUGGGAACAUAGUCCUGGGGUGGCAGCAAAAUCUGUUCAGCCCUUUUUUUGCAUUUUUCUGAUCUUUAAUUCACAUUUCCUUCUUUCAGCAACGUGGAAACACCCCACAUUCAUCUCAGUGACCAAAUUCAGCCCGUUUGCAUUUAGACGUGAGGUUCACAUGGAUAAAAAGUCUUAAGACAGCUUUGUGUGUCACCCUGAAGAUCUAAUCACUAAUCACCGAAUGCUCGUCAUUAUGAGCACCUCGUGGGAUUGGUUAAUUUUACUGUGAGGAGUGAUGUAACGGGUUUGUCUGACUCGUAGUAUGAGUCAGUGUGCUGCCUUAAUGCAGUAAGUGGGAGGAUAAGCAGUCCUACGUCGUUGCUGGUUUUCAAGAAUCAUGUAACUUAGGUUACCGAGUGAAGAAUAGGCUGGUGCUCAUACCCCUGGGUCACUUCUUGAGAGAGGCCAGGUUCUGGUUACAGGAACCUCUCCAUAUCCUUACUUAGCAGUUUACCGCAUUUGCAAGCAAUCGUGCCGAAAAAUGUUUUUCCUCUCAGAAGAUUUUCCUUUAUUAUUAGGUUAUUAGAUUUUUUAUGAAUUUGACUAGAUGUUGCACCUGCAGGAUUAUUUUUGUAUUCCGGGCACGUCAGUGUGCCUCUUCCUCUCCUGCUGGAUCCAUUGAUCAGCUGACCUCAUGUCACGGUGAAAAGUGUUCAGACAUUCCCAUAAUUCCUUGCUUCAGGGAAGAUGGAGGGAUUGGUGGAUUUGGUACUGCUCAGGUUCAGAUGGUAGUCUUUUUUUGGGGUGGGGUGGGGGGUGGGGUGCAGGGUGGGUGGAAUUUUAUACAUUAUUUUUUUUAUUUGUCAGUCCAUUCAUAUUUAAGUUUUUGUAUUUGAUCAAAUGGGCAGGGAGUCCCGGUGUGCUCUGGUCAGGUAUACCUCAGGUGUGCUCUGGUCAGGUGUGCCUCAGGUGUGCUCUGGUCAGGUAUACCUCAGGUGUGCUCUGGUCAGGUGUGCCUCAGGUGUGCUCUGGUCAGGUAUACCUCAGGUGUGCUCUGGUCAGGUGUGCCUCAGGUGUGCUCUGGUCAGGUAUACCUCAGGUGUGCUCUGGUCAGGUGUGCCUCAGGUGUGCUCUGGUCAGGUAUAUCUCAGUCAGGUAUGCUCUGGUCAGGUGUGCCUCAGGUGUGCUCUGGUCAGGUAUAUCUCAGUCAGGUAUGCUCUGGUCAGGUGUGCCUCAGGUGUGCUCUGGCCAGGUGUGCCACACACACACUCACACACACACUGGCAGGUGUGUUAACGGGAGCGCUGGCUCGUCUGUAUGUGCAGUCUGGGCGGGGUCUGCUGCUCAAUGAGGAUGCAGCUCCUGAGCCCCCCUACAGGACCCCGCUGUCCCUCCGCUUUCUUACUGCAAGAAAAGACUGGAUAUAAUUAACUAUGUCUUAUUUUAAUUCUGUAAGUGACUGGAAAAUAUCAUGUCAAAAAAAUAAUAAAGUGUUUUAAAGAAUA